AUGGGGGACUACACCGAUGCGUUCAUGCGCAACCAGAACACUGCCGUUCGCGGCGCCACCAAGGCGCAGAACCGAGCUAACGUUCUCCAGCUCAAACUGAUCGGGCAAAGCCACCCAACUGGGUUGACAAACACCCUUUUGAAGCUUUUUGAGCCUCGUCCUCCAUUGGACUUCAAACCCCCUCCCGAGAAGAGAAAAUGCCCACCCUACUCUGGUAUGGCACAAUUUGUGAGCAAUUUUGCGGAGCCUGGUGACCCUGAAUAUGCUCCACCUGUUGAAAAAGGCGAAACUCCUGCACAAAGAAGAGCCAGAAUCCACAAGCUACGAUUGGAAAAAGGUGCAGAGAUUGCUGCUGAGGAGCUUAAAAACUAUGAUUCCACUAAUGACUCGAAUGUCUCAGGAGAUCCGUACAAAACAUUGUUUGUGGCUAGGCUUAACUACGAGACAUCUGAGAGUAGAGUUAAAAGGGAGUUUGAGUCUUAUGGACCAAUAAAAAGGGUCCGCCUCGUGACAGACAAGGAUACAAACAAACCUAGAGGCUAUGCUUUCAUAGAAUAUGUGCAUACACGGGACAUGAAAGCUGCAUAUAAGCAAGCUGAUGGGAGAAAGAUUGAUGGUAGAAGGGUACUUGUUGAUGUCGAACGUGGUAGAACCGUGCCAAAUUGGAGGCCUCGCAGGCUUGGUGGUGGACUUGGAACUAGCAGAGUAGGUAGCGAAGAGGUUGCUACGAGAGAAGCUCAGCAACCUGGAGGUACAUCACGAUCUGAGGAACCAAAGGCUCGUGAUGAUCACCAUGUUGAACGGGAGAAGUCGCGGGAGAGAGGGAGGGAGAAGGAGAGAGAAAGAGAGAAGUCCCGAGAGAGAUCCCAUGAUCGCCCAAGGGAUCGUGACAACAACAGGGAGGAUAGGCAUCACAGAGACCGUGAUAGGGGUGAGAGGGAGAGAGAGCGAGGAGGCCGAGACCGAGAAAGAGAUAGUAGGGAUGGCCGUCGCGAUCGUGGUGGUAGAGACCACCGCGACCGGACAAGAGAGAGGGAGAGGGAUGGCGGUGAUGAUGACCUUCGUGGACGCUCCCGUGAUCGAGAAUAUGAUUACCAACGUGGCGACUCAAAGCAUAGUAGGGACCGUCGUGAUUAUGAUGGUGGUGAUGCAGAGGACGAUCCUGGGUGGUACGAUCAAUCUGAUCAAGGGGGACAUAAGCGAUCUGUCGAUGAUCAACAACGAUAUAAGCAGUAUGACCGUCAUCGUGGUAGGGAGCAGCAAUAUGACGACAUGGAUGUUCAAGAAGGCGAUCAAGACCGUUAUGGCGAUCAAUACACUGCUGGCCGUGAUCGAUCAUAUCAGGUGGGUGAUGAUGAUGAUGAUUACCGCUAA